UUGGUUGCGAAAGCGACAAGGCGGAGAGGCAGGCGGAAUUGAAGCCUUCUUGCCUCGCCUAAAAAUCUAGCCUCGACCUCGGAGCCGACAAGGCAGAGAGCUCUUGACGUCCUUCACUGCUCGCCUCCCCCAAUUCAACAUUCACAAACCGCAACAAUGGCAUUAGAGGUGGCAUCACGAACGGCAUUAAAUGGGCCUCUGCUCAGCAAAUCUGUCACAUCAGCACUCGCCACUCGAUCCCUCCCAGUAGCACGAGCUGCCACCCUUCCCAUCCUCAGAACCCAGCAGCGAAGGCAGCUACAUGUCACCCCGCGAUCAAGAGCGCCGAGUAGCGGAUUGAUGGGAAUUAGCAAUUCGAGUGUACCUUCAUCCUAUUUCCAGAGGCCUCGCUUGCCAGCAAACACAGUUGUCAAAUUCGUACCUCAGCAAACCGCAUGGAUUGUGGAGCGCAUGGGAAAGUUCAACAGGAUCCUCACACCAGGUCUCGCUGUUCUGUGGCCUUUCUUGGACAGGAUAGCAUACGUGAAGAGUUUGAAGGAGGCGGCUAUUGAGAUACCUAGCCAGAGUGCUAUCACAGCAGACAAUGUUACGUUGGAGCUUGAUGGAGUGCUAUAUACUCGAGUUUUCGAUGCCUACAAGGCCAGUUACGGUGUCGAAGAUGCGGAAUAUGCCAUCUCUCAAUUGGCGCAAACAACCAUGCGUUCGGAAAUUGGUCAGCUAACUCUCGACCACGUCCUGAAAGAGCGUGCAGCUCUCAACACGAAUAUCACAACCGCAAUCAACGAAGCCGCGCAAGACUGGGGUAUUGUCUGCCUGCGUUACGAGAUCCGGGAUAUCCACGCCCCAGAGGGCGUUGUAGCAGCUAUGCACCGCCAGGUUACUGCGGAACGAAGCAAGCGUGCUGAGAUUCUCGACUCAGAAGGUCAGAGACAGAGUGCCAUCAAUAUCGCCGAAGGACGAAAGCAGAGUGUCAUUCUCGCUUCCGAGGCCUUGAAGAGCGAGCAGAUCAAUAUGGCAAGCGGAGAGGCAGAAGCAAUCCUGUUAAAGGCAAAGGCUACGGCAGCUGGUAUUGAUGCUGUUGCUAAGAGUAUUGCAGCUGGCAAAGAGUCAGCGCAAGGAGCUGUCAGCCUGAGCGUUGCGGAGAAAUAUGUCGAGGCUUUCGGCAAACUUGCCAAGGAGGGUACUGCAGUUGUUGUACCAGGCAAUGUAGGAGAUAUUGGAAGCAUGAUCGCCAGCGCCAUGGCGGUCUACGGAAAGGUCGGCGAUGCACAAGCAAAGACCAUGGCCGCGAAAGCACUCGAAGCACAAAAGUCGCAACAUAGCGAAGCUGGAGAGACACAUGUCGCUGAGUCUGAAUCUCCUAACGAGGAGAUGAAAAGGACCAUGCUGGCUUCAUUCGAGAAUACCAGACAGCGAAAGUGAACUGUAUUUACGUACGGGGAAGGCAAAAUGAAAAUGGAAAGGGGAUAAAGUAAUGUAAAUUAGCAAGCGGAUGUCAUUUGAUUUAUCAGGCGAGCGCAGAGAAUGAUGGCGUCCAUGCUAGGGGGAGAGUGAUUGACGGAGCCUUUCCUCGUGUCUUACUAUGGUGGAGAAUCACUCCUCAGAUUCAGUACCAAAGCUCUUUUGUAGCGGUAUAGCAGUGUAAAUGAUAAGUCUCAGAUCUACUAAAGAACUGCACUCGUUCUUCCCCCGAUGCAAGACUUUCCGGGCCUUUGUCUGGCUUAUUGGGACUUGGCAGGUGAUCUUGGGCUUGCAUUUCACGUUGG